UAUGUCUUUCUUGUACAGGCACUAAAGAGUCCGGCUUCGCACACGCCAUCUCCUCAGCCGGUGUGGUGCAUGCCCUGGCCAGAAUCUGCAAGGCCGGCCGCCUGUCCGCUUGCAGUUGCAGCAUGGCCGAACGACCGCAACAACUCCACCGAGACUGGAUUUGGGGCGGAUGCGGUGACAACAUUGACUACGCCUACCGCUUCUCCAAGACUUUCAUCGAUGUCAGGGAGAAGGAGAAGAGUUUUCCACGCAACUCCCUCGGCCUGGCGCGGAAACUAAUGAAUCUGCACAAUAAUCGUGUUGGACGGUUGGUAAGUACAUUUUUGGGACUAUAG